AAAUUCACAAUUUCACUUCAACAAUUCUUCAUUUUUCUAUUAAUUCUCAGACUCCGGCACGGUUAGAAAGUUGGAAAAAGUCGUUAGGAAUUGCAUUAAAAGCAAAUGAUUAUAUUUGCCAUCUUCAUUUUAAAGAAGAAAAUAUAAAUAUGUACGAAAAGUUAACUAUUAAAGGAGAGCUCAAAUAUAUUCCUACACAAAGAAAAACGCUUAAGGAAGAAGCUGUGCCCACGAUUGAGCAUCAGUUUAUUCCCAUUCCCGAACAUGAACUCCAAGCCAAUACUAUUCACAUAGAGGAAUCUUUCGAACCAUACCCCAAUCAACCUAAGGACGAGCAGCAACAACAAAUCAAUGCCGAGCAACAGGAAUUAUCAGAAGAUCAAAAUGAUUCUAAUAAUUUAAUGGAUUAUGAAAUGAUACAACAGGACUUUGCGGAACCAUUGUUUAGUCAAUAUCAGGAUACUAAUGUAACAAUUAAUCCAAUAGAGAAUUUUAAAAGUAAGUUUCGGGCAUUUUCGUUGUUGCCGCCUUUUUGGCUACAUGCAGAAAAUCCUAAUGGGCUGGAAUUUAUGCGAAUGGAUCCAAAAACUCAGAAGAUUAAACAUCAUAUACGUUUAAACGAUGAUCUAACUGUCACUGUAAUUUUUCCCAAUAAUGAACAAUUGCCACUAAAGGAGAAAAUUAAUUCAUAUGACAACACCUACGAUUACUUAAAAUCGGUUGAAAGAUGGCCUUUGUGCGUUGGUACUCAGAUUGACGACAAUAAAUUUUGUAAAGGUGUGAUUAUUGGAGAUGAUACUUACGAAAGAAAUCAACAGUACCCAAGAUGUAAAUCUUGUCGAAUAUUACGAAAUCGUUUGCAGAACCGUAAUUCCACUUCAACUCUAUUACAAAAAAUGGCAGAAGCUAAACGGCGCGCUUCAAAUCUUGUACAUAAAUGCAAGCGUCUGAAGAGGACGGCAAUCCAGGAAUUUUUAGAAUUCCUUGCAGACUGGGAAAAGCUCGAAAAAAAAAAUACCUGUGUCAAGGAGCACGUUAACUGGAUUAAAAGUAACUUUACGGGCAACACUUGAAAUUUUGGAUAUGCUGAAUGUUGCAUGUGAUUACAAGUAUUUGAUGACAGCAACCCUAUCUCAAGAUCCGUUGGAGAGAUUUUUCUCCGUCAUGAGAUAUUCGUGUGGAGGAAACGAUCACCCUGAUCCCAAAAUGUUUGCACAAGUUUACCGAUUGGCGUCUUGUUUUUCCCUAAUACGCCCUCCGAAAGGUUGUAACGUUUCCGGCAAAGAUUUGCUGAAGAACUUACUAGGAGCAAAGGAUAUGGUAACUGGUUCAAACGAGGCUAAGCAAGCAUGGCUGGAAAGCCUCGACCAUAUACUAGAUAAUGGUGAACCAUUGAUUGAUGGUUAUGAAGACCAUGACUACAACGAGGCUGUCACCAGUGACGCGGUGCAGUCUUACAUUGCUGGGUACAUCGUCCGCAAAUUGCGAAAAAUCGUAAAAUGCAAUAAUUGUUUGAAACUCAUACAAAUGAGUCCCAAUGAGGGAAAAAUGUUAAUGAGAAACGACGUAAUCGAUAAAAUGGAUUUAUACGGCGGGUUAAUUUAUGCUAGUGACGAUCUAUUCAAUCUGACCAAAAUGAUAGAGAAAUGUGUGUUAAGAGCAAUAAGCAAAGCUUUAACCAAUAUGGAGACGAUCAGUGAAAUUACGCAAGAAUUACAAA